GGGGGGUCUCAAAAGUGACGAAAAGAGAGUGGAGUAAGUAACUUUGUGGAAUCAGGAACAGGUGAGUCUAGAAUUCGUUUUGUAAAAGCUCCUACAUCUUAAUGUCUAGUUAUUCGGAACAACAUGGACGCCCCAUGGGUGGUGCUUAGAUAAACGUUAAAAUCGGGCUCCGAGUCCGUUUCGGGAACAACAGGAUGAAGUUGCUGUGUGUACCGCGGCCCGUUGAGAAUGGGCCUCGUUUGGGGGUCUGGAGGCGGCACCAAGAUGUGACAGCAGGGGGCCUCAUCGAUCGUACGAGAAAUAGAUCAGCACUUUUUCGCACGACACGCCGCUACAUCAACAACAGCGGUGUCUCAACAGCCUUGUCAACAUCUUCGUCUUCAUCGAAACGACAUCGUCAUUUUUCUGCUGCCUCUGCGCUCUCCACCCCCAGUGCUGCACAAGAGGAGCAGGAGCUUUCUUCAAAUGCGGCAAAAGGGACCACCGUGGUUAACAUGCUGACCAGACAACUGGAACAGUCUUCGUCUGCGAGAUCACCAAAUACCUACAACUACAGUGAAGUACUAGAGGGCUUGACAGUACAAGAGGAAUCGAGUUAAGGCUCAUACAAAAACUACUCAUUUUAUCAUAGGAAGAAAAGUCCCUUCUAUAAGAUGCUAAGGCCUACAUCAAGACUACUAGCCAUUUCUCCCUGACAGUUGGGAGAAUAGAUGAAUUGGGAGAAAAAAUGAAUCGUUUUGGGCUCUAAUCGAGCAUGGAGCCAGUAACGCGAUUGCCUGAAGAGUUCCGGAUCAAGCCCAUGCCAUCAGAUGGGCGCCUGCCGCUCGAAGUGAUUCCUCUGCACCCUCCGAUGAGGGUCACCGAGGACAUGAUGCAAGAAACGGUAAAACAAUUAUUCAAGAACUUUUCACUUGUACCAGCAUAACCACUUGUGCGUGUAGGUGUAUCUUUAUGUGAUUGAGCUUCUCGGUCCUGCAUAGAGGUUACCCCUAUCCUCAUACCGCUGCUUCUUGUGAUCAUACAACUAGGGAUCAUACGAAGCAACAACGAGAUCAUCAACAGAUGACCUGCAACUACGACCUGCAACUACUUUUCAAUUUCAGCGUGUGCGGCGGUAUGAGUUCAAGCUUGCAAAAGACCACGCCGAGGCAAAACGUUUAUGAUUCCCACCCGUCCUUUUCUACUUCUACUAGAAAUUCUACUUCUCAAGAGGGCUGCAAGUUAAUUUCACUGUCUCAUAUCGGCGCCUUCUGUCUUAGAGGAAGUAGACUCAUCUCUUCAGUACUAGUUGUAAUGAUUUACAGAAGUAGAAGCCAGAGAAAGUACUACUUGUAGGAAAUGCGACGUACUAAGUACCUCUGAAUGGAAACUAGGAUCUACUGCUAUAUUAAUGUCUCUCCUGGCUGAGCUAUGUUAAUGCGAUAUCUCACUUGCUCUUUCAUUCGUUCAAAGGACUCUCUUUCAUUCUCUCGGCAUAUAUUUCACUGGUCUGUCAUGUUGUGGCGUUGGUGCCUCGUCAAGGCUUUGCGGCGACAGGAACUCUUUUCCGCUGCGGUUCACUACAUCACAAACCGUUUAGUACUUCUAGGUCCUCAGGAUGAUCGAGUACUAGGAAGUGCAUCGUCCGCUUCUACGUCCGCAUCGCAGGAACAGACAAGCGCGAAAGAAGAAGUUGGAGCCGAGCAUGGAAACGAAACGUCGAAGGCCUCUAUCGAAGUUUUGUUCUCAGACAGCGAAGCGCGAAAUAUGCGCCUGCGUGCGGCGAUGCCCGUACUCGGAUCGCUCCUAGUCAGCAUAGAGGAGCGCUUUAACAUCGAGCUGCCGUUUUUGCCAAGAAUUAUAUCAACGUCUAAUUCGUCAUCUAUUUCUGGAGAUAGAGAUAAAAAUGACAAGGUUCCAGUCAGUUUGGGAGAUAUCAACGCAGUACACGCGAUUCUAGGCGACAGUCGGGUGCCGCAGGCCGAGCGACAUCAAUUGGCAGCGGCAUUUCAUCGGCAUCUGGAGGAGGAUAAAGGAUUGAACUUCGUUUGGCAAAGGAUGUUGAAAGCACAGCAUGCACAAGCAACGAAGCGCUUAAGGCUAGUUGUUGUUGUACUGCUAAAGCUUAGCUGUAUCCUUAAAUUCUAUCAACAUUCUUGAUGACUCUUUUACUUCUAUUAUUUCUACUUGAGAAAGAAGCCAAGGAUAGAAGCCUCGUCUGAGGUGCUGUGGAUGUUGAAAACGGGCAGGAUUUUGAGUUAGCUCUAAAACAAGCAGGAUUUGGUAGCCACGCAGAAAUGCUCUUAGCCGAUAACUGUGGCUGGAAAACGUCACACAACGACAAAUUAUGACAUCUGCGUGCUUUCUUUCUCAUUCUGCCCUAAGACUCUUUUUCGGCAGCUUAGUUUAGACCACGAGCACGACCUCUAUGAAGACCUUAGAGCCAAGAUCAAGAUGGAGAAAUAGAGCACACUUCAAAGAAGGAGGAGUUCUUGCACACGCUAGCAACUAGAUGGGGUCGCUGGUUCUGCAGCGAUACAGGACUAGACGGCGCGUCAUCUGGUUCUGCCGGAACAUCAAUUGCAAGAGAUGGAAAUGACGCGGCGAAAAUAGAAAGCAAGGUGGGGGCGGAUUCCUCCACGUGGUUUCCACCAAAAGUAGAUCAAAAUCGCUUGGCCUAUGACUUGCCAAUGAUUACCAACGAGCUCUGCGAAGACAGCCGAGAAUGUCAGGAAGCUUUACUGGUAAUGGACUCCGAUCUCGAGAAACUGAUCACCUUUAUCGGCGAAGUCGCAGGAUGUUCGUUGAAGUUGACGCGGGCAGAUCACGAAUCUGUCACCUACAAACUCAUCUUAAGGCUACCUCUACUGCUCCACAACAAGCGUCCUCUUCCUCUUGGCCUCACGCUUUUUCAUGCAUCCCCAGCGCCAUGUUUUCAAUGGGCACGCAAACGCAGCGUCGCUCAAUAAUAAUUGGCCCAGUAGAUGACAGCUCUAACAAUCGAUCCGCCCAGACACAUGCCCUACGAUCGGCGAGCAGAAUACUUCAAUUACAACAAGGCCAUGUGUAAUAAACCGCGAACAAUUUGCUUCCACCUUGGAGCCUCGCUUGCGCCGAGCGUAGCAGGAGGGAGCAGAGCGCUGACGACGGUAAGCCACGUCCCUGUAGAGACAGACUUGAACAAGGAGCCCCUGCCUUGGUCCGCGGUGUGGAAUGUGAAUGCCCCUGAGAUCCACCAUUUGCGCACAAACACGUACAGCUUUUCUAACUGUAACACAACUUCUCUAACUCUAGCUGCAACACUUGCGAACAAACUCAAACACGUACUUCUUUAUUAUAAAUGGCGCAGGCGCUAGUAGCACAAGUCAACAGAGUAGAGGUACUAAGAAUCUUGACCGGUUAAUUCUGAAAGUAAAACUUCUUUUGCUCACCUUGUUCAACAGGUAUGUUCGAAUUCUCUCAUUGGCAGACUUACAGGCAAUCGUGCAUGAGUUGGGCCACUGUUUUCACUUUGGCUUGACGGCACACAAAUUUGAAGAACUGAGUGUAAUGAGCGAGGACGCCAUCGAAGUGCCCUCCUCGGCACUGGAGUACCUUGUCCGCGAUCGGCAGUUUUUACAGUGGGUUGUUACAAAUACUCAGGUCCCGCAUUGGAGGAUGGUGCUGGAGGAUUUGAAGAAGAAGCGAGUGGAGUUUGUACACAAGUUUGCUACAACCCUUAGAGUUAGACUCCUAGAUGAGCAUGAGCUAGAACUAGAAGAAGUUGUUUGAUCCAUUCAAAGAUAGAUGCUGUCGCUGUCGGACUUAUAAUUGAUCGUUUCCUUGUGGGGCCACCUUCGCAUGGUGGACCUGGGCGGAAUCUCAUGAUUGGAGGAUGGUGCUGGAGGAUUUGAAGAAGAAGCGAGUCGAGUUUGUACUACUUACUUUCAUGAGGAAGAUCUUGGUCUUUCAAUAGGGCGGCCCAGGCAAAUGCAACUGACCACAAUUCAUGAUGAUUUUGGCCCAGGGAGUGCCUUCGGAAGGUUGUAGCUCACAACUCCAUCUCCGUCCUCUCCUUCCAUAUCCAUUUCGCAACAAGACGGAAAACGCCGGGCCAUGGUUGGAGCAGACAGCACUGCGCCUGCCGUGCUUGGCCCCGGCGAAGCUUGUCAGGCCGUUCCGUCGACUCGCUGCCAUGGCAUCAAGGCGGUCGUAGUCUGCCAGGCGCAGAAAGAGGACCCCGCGCGCCUCCGCAGGGCGUAAGCGUCGCCGAGCUCCUGGGACAAUUGCGCUGCAUCCUCGGGCGGCCAUGUCUUAAAAGGGAAGGAAGUUGAGGUCUGGCCCCGUGUGUUUCGUUCAUUUCUACGCGUCUUUACUUUUUGAAGCUGUGUGUUGCUGUCGUGUCCGUCUUCCUUGUAGGUCCCGUCCCGCCCUAGGUAGUUGUGCACUUGUUCGUCACCCAUUUUAGAGUAGGCAGAGCCUCAUCUUCUCCGUUCGUUGCUCUUUCCCAAAAAGCCACCACUUGGGAGAUGAGAGCUUCUCAGCUUCAUGAAUAUGACUGUUAAACCAUUCUUCUACAUACUAGCUACGCUCCUACUCAUGUUUGGAUCGCUAAAAUGACUAUUUUCCGCUAGAAGGCAGUGCCGAUCAUGAAAGCAGGUCCGUCGUAUUUGUCGUGAGAAAGUAUCAGCAUGCUGCGUUUAUGAUGACCAUGGAUCCACCGGUUGAAUACAUGCAAAUCAACUCGAUUCUUGAACCCCCAACAAAAAAAACCGGAGACCCAAUUUUCAGGCUUCAGCCGCACCUGCGCACGAGGUGAGUGUGUCGAGGUGGUUUCGUACGUUGCGGGUAGAGCACUGGGACCUUGCGAGGCACGCCUAUCUCUCCACAGUGUUAAGUGGAGAGAAUGGACUGCAAGCGCGGGCUGCGGCUGGCGGCUCUUCGUGGGCAGCAGCAUCGGAAUUUGUGCGCGCCGCCUAUAUCACGGCACACUGUGGAGGACGAAAGCAGUCAACAAGAACUGCAACGUCAACAACCCAACAUGAAGGAGCAGGAGGACAUGAAGAAUCAUCAAGAAUAAACAACAUCAAAGAUGAGGAGCGCCAAAAGAUUCCUACCCUAAAUUAAGGCUACCGCUGAAGCAUCCCCAGCGAGGACAUCCUUGGUCUCCUUUUCAAGGGGAAAAGGGGCUCAAGGGUUUAGGGUUUAGGGAUGUGACGCGGUAGCUCUAACUAAAUGCGACUCAGUCUUCGACUCGAGAUGCAAAGGCACCAGCAACACUUCCGUUUCACCCUCUUGGCAUACCAGAGAUUCGCGCACUUUUUGUGCAUGAGUAUUCACCGGCAUUGUCCUCUCUCGCUUUUCAGAUCAAUCGAUGGUGGCGUGACGAUAGAAAGCUUCCCAUUAUGUGAAACAAGUGCGCUUUCUGUUGUAUGAUCUGUAGUUCUUGAUAGAAGUUGUCAGUUCGAGAAAUGUACUAGCUGCUCAACUACAUCAAGGAAUACAGUCGUAGAACAAGAUCAGACGUGCAGUGGAUACUGGCUUUUUCUUGUUCAUCGCUGAAACGAAGAUCAUCUUGAUGGGCUCCCUCUGCGUAUUCUAAUUUUGAGACAUACCUGCAAUCCCUGACUUCCACCGUGAGCGCUGUGGUUUCCUCUCCAGUGGUCUUAGCGGCUUAUUGGCUGGACAUGCUAGGGAGCUCAGCAGGGCUGCGCUUGUUUUCCGAAAAUUGGUAUCGCGCUCCGAAUUUGAUAGCGAUGCAAAAUUUCGCGCCAUACUGCUUUGCAAGGGUGAAUGCUGUGCAGAUCGCCACGAAUGAAGACUAUCUCAUGACGUUUUACCGCGAGUAUUGGACCCACCGGCAGCAAAGCGUACCAUCGACUGCGCAGUUGGACGCUUAUUGCAAGGUCUUCAUGGAUCAAGACGCUCAGACUCACUCUUCAGCCACCACUACGAGAAAUGUUGUUAACGCGAGUGAACAAGAUAUUGAAAGUAGUAGGGCGAGUAGUGUACGGCUGGAUCAAGCAUUUGAUGCUGGAGAGGCCGAUUGCUUUUCGUUGCUUGAAGAGCGCACAGAGCUUGAUACCGAUGAACUCACAGGCUUAAACACAAAGGCAGGCUGCAAGGGAGAAGAUGGUCAAGAUGGAGUGGAGGAGGACGCCAGCCAAGAAACGUCGUGAAUGGCCAGCACAACUCUAGAAUCUGGGAAGCGAGUUGGAAGUAGGGAAAUUUGCACAUUCGUAUCUCCUGCUUAGCCUUCUGCUAAUGAACGCUCCCAAGUACUAGCGCAGGCGAUUGGAUUAACAACACGUGAUUAUCAAGAACGAGUAACGAGGAAAAUAGUUCCUUCUUGUCAACGAGGAUGACGAAAGUAGAUACAACAACUUAUCAAGAACGAGGACUCGUGGAGACUGCCGAUUGACUAAGUAGUGCUUGUGAAAACGAAACGUCAACAAAGAUGUUGAGAAAUAAGCAAGAAUCCAAAUUUACUGACUCCCGAGGCCGCCAGCUAGGUGGUUUUGCUGACAGCAG